AAAAAAGAAGUCACAAAGAGUACUUUCUCCUCCCAAUUCGCCGACGACUAAAUCCAGAAAUGGCGCCGCCGGUGACGAAGCGGUGGUGCUGUGUUUUGAUUCUUAUCUUUCUCUCCUUGUUCGUCCAAUCUUCGACGGCCAUUUAUUGCGGUGCUGAAGAUUGCUAUGCUCUUCUCGGUGUCGCUCAAGAUGCGAAUGCAUCGGAUAUCAAGAGAUCUUAUUAUAAGCUUUCUCUUCAACAUCAUCCAGAUAAGAAUCCGGAUCCUGAAUCGAAGAAGCUCUUUGUGAAAAUCGCCACUGCUUACGAGAUUUUGAAAGAUAACGAGACUAGGGCGCAGUAUGAUUAUGCAAUUGAACAUCCUGAAGAGGUGUUUUACAACACGGCUCAAUACUACCGCGCAAAGUAUGGACAUAAGUCGGAUCCCCGUGCUGUUCUCGUUGGUCUAUUGGUGGUAUUAUCUGCAUUUCAAUAUCUGAACAAUGUGGCAAGGUAUAAUGAGGCUAUAGCGACGGUUAAGCGUACUCCUGCUUACAAAAAUAAGCUCAAGGCCUUAGAACUCGAACGCACGGGUGGAGUAACCAACAGGAAGAAGGGUUCAAAGCAGAUCGACAAAAAACUACAGGAAGAGCUGAGCAACGAACUUGACCUACAAAUCAAAGGAGCUGAAAAACCGUCGGUCUGGGAUCUUCUGGGUGUUAGAUUCAUUCUACUACCAUACACUAUCAUCAAGCUGCUAGUAUGGUAUGGCAGCUGGGUAUGGAGAUAUAAGGUGAAGAAAGCUCCUUAUUCAUGGGAAGAUGCAUCAUACCUAACCCGAAGAUCACUCAGUGUGCCUGCUGACGCAUGGACUAACCUCGAUGAGUAUAGGAAGGAAGAUCUGGUACAGAAAAGGCUGUGGGAAAAGCAGAAUCUUGAAAAUUACUUUGCGGAAAUGCGUAAAGAAUCGAAGCGGAGAAGAUAGAUCAUCAUCACUUAACCAGGCAAAGGAUACACAGGACAAUUCAAGUUUCAUAGACACUUUUUGUUACCAUUAUCACUCUACUUUAAUGUUAUAAGAGAUCUGAUCAAUGAACCAGUUACAAGAAGAGACAGUAGUAUAAUUGUACCGCACCAGGAAUCAAAUAUCAAUUUGGCAUAUACAAGUUGAAUCAUGUCUGACAAUGGACAUGGUCCAGUUUUGACUCUCAA